UUCAGUAGCCGCCAGGGCUCAGACUGUGCUCAGCGGCUGCUGCUCUCUCUGGUGCUGACUGGCUGGUGGUGGCGAUCUCUCUCUCACUAAAUUGGGAACCAGCUGGCAAAUACGGAUUGCUAACUAGAUAAGAGUAGAGCACCUAUUGCGUGUCCGCGUAGAAAGUUUUAGGAGCCGGGGAUUUGGCCAGGUUUUCACCUUUCUCUCGAAUGCUAACAGAUCUGAGAGCUGGAGUUUUCGGAAUAGCUGCUUGGAGCCUCAGCUGGAAAAGCCUCUGGAGUCCUUUUUAUAAAACGAGUUCAUCUGCAAGAGAAAUGGAAAAAGUAAAGGCAGCAGAGACUGUCCAGUUUGGCCGAUGUACAUAGCAGAAGGGCAUUGCUGGCAUAUGAUGGUAAUAUUACAUUGGUGGAUGUGCAGAGCAACACACCUUAACACAAUGGGGCAUAUCUUGCUGUUAUUGAUGCUUUCCAUUCCCAUAUUAUGUCUGACUGAUGGAGCCGAAACAGAACAAGAUUUCACCUGGCACUUGAAGAAGGUACCCCAGAUUGUGAGUGAACGGACUUUCUCCCUUGACAGCCCUAAAUUUGAGGCAAAAGCCAAAUUAGAACUGAGUAAUGUAUGUGGAAUUGAAUGCCAAAGGAGACUCCCACUGCCAAGCUUGUCUGACCUGAAGGAGUUUCUGUCCUAUGAGACUGUUUUUGAGAAUGGCACACGGACCCUGACUCAUGUGAAUGUUCUAGGACUAGCAGUUGAUGCAGCCAAGAACACCACCACCACAAGAACGUCCUCAAGAAGAAAGAGGCAGAUAUAUGGCACAGACAGCAGAUUCAGCAUCUCUGACAAGCGGUUCAUGACCAACUUCCCUUUUAGCACAGCUGUGAAGAUUUCCACAGGCUGCAGUGGCAUUCUUAUUUCCCCCAAGCACGUUCUAACAGCCGCUCACUGUAUUCAUAAUGGCAAGGAUUACAUCAAGGGCAGCAAAAAGCUGAGGGUGGGAUUGCUGAAGAUGAGAUCUAAAGGUGAGGGCAAGAAACACAGAGGUCAUCAAAGGGGUAAGAGAGAGGUUUCUGUGGCAAGAGAUCACAGUGAGCGUACCUCAGAAUUGAAGCAGAGAUCCAAAGGUCGUGGCAGAAAACAAAAGGCAACUGGGAAGAGUCAGAAAACCUCUGAUAGUAAACCUUCCUUCCAGUGGACCAGAGUAAAGAGUACCCAGAUCCCAAAAGGCUGGUUUGAAGGCGUAACUGGGGAUGUAUCCCUGGAUUAUGAUUAUGCUGUUCUUGAGCUCAAGCGCCCUCACAAAAAGAAAUAUAUGGAGCUGGGAAUCAGCCCAACAAUCAGAAAGAUGCCUGGUAGCAUGAUCCACUUCUCAGGUUUUGAUGAUGAUCGAUCUGGGCAGUUGGUCUAUCGAUUUUGUAGUGUGUCUGAUGAAUCCAGUGAUCUCUUCUACCAGUACUGUGAUGCUGAGCUUGGGUCUAUUGGCUCUGGAGUCUAUCUCCGCCUUAAAGAGCCAAACAAGAAGAAAUGGAAACGCAAGAUCAUUGCUAUUUAUUCAGGUCAUCAGUGGAUGGAUGUCAAUGGUGUGCAGCAAGAUUAUAAUGUAGCAGUACGAAUUACUCCUCUCAAGUAUGCCCAGAUUUGUUUCUGGAUACAUGGGAAUGAUGAGAAUUGUACACAAGGCUGAUAAAAGCUGAAACUAGAUCAUCUAGCACCUAAAAUAUAAUAAAGUAAAAACUUGCCCUAAUAGUUAUUGGAAGAGCAUUGCCCCGUAUCAGGAAUUAUUUGAACUUGAAGCCUGCAAAUAUUUUGAUGUAUUGAGUAUUGCUAUUCUUAGAGGGUUAGAAUUUUCAAAUUAGUUUUUUAAUUAUAUAAUAAUCAACACGACAUGCACUUAUAAUCCAAAACUGUAUUUAUGUUUAAAAUUCUGAUAAAUUUGAAUUGUUCUCAUUAGAAAAAUUGUGACUUCACUUGUUUAAUUUUUUAAAGGGAAGUACUGAAACUUUUCAAACUGAUACUAUUAAACAAUGUGGUUGGUUUUUUUUUUUAAAAUACAUUUGUCUUGAUUUUCUCAGGGUUCUGCUCCAACAAGCAUCUUCUAGUACAAGUUGCACAUAUCUUAUAUAAUAGCACGUUCAGAGUGAUACAAAUUGUGAAACAUUGGGGUAAGAACAAACUAAUUAAGGUUAGUUUACUCUAAAGAGAGUAUGUGCACUCUGAGGGCAUGUCUACCCUUACUGUGGAUCGAUACUGCAGUGAUUGAUCCACUGGAAGUCGAUUUAGUGGGUCUAGUGAAGGCCUGCUAAAUCAGCCACAGAUUGCUCUCCCAUUGAUGACGGUACUCCACCGGAACAAGAAGCAUAAGAUAAGUGGAUGGGAGAAACUCUUCCUUGGACCCAGCGUGGUGAAGACACCACAGUAAGUCGACCUAAGCUAUGUCGACUCCAGCUAUGUUAUUCACGUAGCUGGAGUUGCAUAACUUAGGUUGACUUAACCCCAUAGUGUAGACCUGCCCUGAGAGGCGACUAUCUAGUUCAUACUUGCUAGCUUGGAAAAUUUUUUUGCAUACCUUACAAACUCUUCCAUGGAAAUUCUGAAUUGCUGUAGCUGAUAAGUCCUAAAAAGAAUGAAUUUCAUUUCAUUGUAUGCUAAAAUAGCAAAGAAUCUAAUGAAUGUAGCAGUUCUGUUUGGAAUAAGGAAGAACCAUAUGGGUUUAAUUUAAUGCCCUUAAGUCUAGUUUGAGAAGGUAUGCAAAGCUGGGGAAUCUUAAACAUGUGCAUUAUAAUAUUUGGAGAUAAGUAGGUUUAAUGUAUAAUAAAAUAUUCAACCUUUCUGCCAGGUGAAGUAUUCUGUAGUUGUCUGUGUCAGGAACUGGCUAUCUGACAACAGUUUAAAGCUUCAAAAAAGAUUUUUGUGUGCUAAACAUUUUAACAGCUUUUAAGUAUCAGAGGGGUAGCCGUGUUAGUCUGGAUCUGUAAAAGUAACAAAGAAUCCUGUGGCACCUUA